CUUCUGUGCAGACUCCUUCGGCCACCAUUCCAAUCCGUCAUCCCCCCAAUCAUCUCAGCAAUCUCAUUCAUUACCUGAGUGAUUUGCGUCCCUUCAGCGAGGAUGGGAGGCAACGUGAGUCGUGAUGUGAUGCUCACCCCCGCCCCAGAGCCCUCCUCGUUCAUCGCCAUAUGCACCAAGACAAGCAGGGGCCUUUGCUUGCUGCACUUCCCGGCCGGCCUUCGCGAGAAAGCCAUCGCUGUCGUGAGAACGCACUGGACAGACGGCGGAAACGUUAUUGUGGAGCAGUUCGGGGGAUGCACCAAGUGAGCAAAUGGAUCAGUGUUCCGGGGGGACAUGGAUGAGUGUGUGUGUGUGCUUGUGUGUCUGUCAGGUUGAAGCUCGAGAGUGGGAUGUUCAGCACCCCCUGGCUAAGCACAAACACGGUCGGUGCGGCAGGGAGGGGUGGUUGCAUGUGUGUCCCUUUCUGUAUGUGUGAGCGUGACGACUGUGUGUGGUGUGGACUAAUGCAGGACGGUUGUGGGACUCGUGUGUGCAUCGCCAGGAUGCUGGCGGCCCUGCUGCACACGCUGGCGCAGGACGGUUACCUGCCCUACGCAUCCACACAGAUACACAGAUGCAGACAACACCAGGUGCCACACACUACAGACGACUUGACGACUUUCACAUCCGCAUGAUGGAUCCAUUCAUUCAGGUGCCCGACGUGAUCAUCCUGAGAAAACACGAUCCUCUACCCUCCGCCCCCCCGAUGGACGACAUCAACAAACCGACCGAGGAGGACCAAUCUUAUCCGUCUUCGAUUCUCUACCCGACCGUCGCCCCUCCCCCCUACGCACCCUCCCACCAGCAGUAUCAGCAGCAGCCGACCGAGCCCUACUUCGCCAUCGGCCUCAACAGAUGGGGCACUUUGCGGCUGAUCCAGGCGCCGCCCGCCCUUGUGGACGCCAUCCCGUCGCUCAUCCAGCAGUUCUGGGGGGGGUCGUUCAAGCGCGAAGAUCGAAGAGCCAGCACCAACAGCCAGGUGAAUGUGGUUGAGGGGAUAGACAGGACGGGCUUGCUAGCGGGGAGGAGCCAGCCGGCGGAUGUGGUGGACUUCCGGAUCAAUGGGUCGCCAUGGUAUGCCGACGGAGACUCGGCUGUUACUGCACGGCAGGUACGCCCCGCACAGAUGCAUGCGGGGCAUCUCCAUGUACCCAUCUCUUUCCGGGUUCUCUCUGCCUGUCUGUCUGUCUGUCUGUGUAUGUGUAUGUCUGCGCAUGUGUAUGUCAGCUUUUGUGUGGGCUGUUGACCCAUCUGUGGCAGCUCAACUACGACCUGCUGUGUGCAGUGUCCCUGAACACCAGCUGCGGCCUCUCCACACUCGUCAUGGGAAAGAGUGAGGGCAUCCAGGGCGACGGGCGGGACAUCAUGGCCCUCGCCAUGAGCCGCUACGACACACUGCGGCUCUUCAAUGCGCCUCAGGGCACGCCCGCUGCAGGUCAGUGGGCCGACGUGCCACACACGCGCAGGGGGUGAUCAAGAACAUGAGCCAGCGUGUCUCAUUUGGUGUGCUGUGUGAACGAUCCACCAGUGCGUUCGUGCAUUGAGCGGCAUUGGACGAGAGGCAUCAAGUCGACGACGGACAGCGUCAGCGGGGCCACAGCCAUUCCUUGCAUGGAGUUCCAGAUGAACGGAAACCCUUGGUACGCAACUCCCCCCACCCCCCACCACACACACACACCCCUCACCCCAACAAGCAUGUGCUCUCUUGUGUGCCUUUCUUUUGUUUGCCAACUCCCACCGUAUGCAGGUGGUGUUCCAACUGGCACAUGGCGUCCACCGAGGCGCGCAACAUGAUAGCGGCCAUCCUGGAGGACCUCAUGCAGAGGGGCUGGCUGCCAUGGGGCAAGGCCGCCGGCAGCAUCAACAUGACCGUCAAAGAGGCCGACACGUCCCUUAUGGUCUUCACGAGAAACGAUGAUAACCACGGCAGCCGACGAGCCACUGGUCCGCUGAUAUGGGUGAGCCUGUUUGAUCGACACCUGGUGCGUGUGGGGGGGCCGGGGAGCGUCGUGCCUCCGCAGCCGGUACUCGAGGCCAUCAGGCGCGCCCUGCAGUACUGGCCCACACAGAAACCGCCAUACGAGCAGGUCGAGCACCGGACCACCACACACACACACAGAGAGAGAGAAAUGUACCCACUCGGCUGCUUUUCCCCUUGUGUGCCUCUGUCUGUGCUGUGUGUAUCAUCAGGGGCGUCUGUCAUGCUGGGAGUUUCGCCUGUCUGCUGGGUCGCCUUGGCACAGCGGCAACACCGACUGCGUGCAUGCCUGUCACGUCGUGAUGCGGCUCUUUGACGAGAUGUAUCGGUGCGGGUGGGAGGUCUGUGCGGCCGUCGAUAUGGCCAAGGCAUUCUAUAAGCCGGACAAGUCGCCGGCCUACAAGAUAGACUGCGACACAUGGUUCUUUCGACAGAGAUAAUGCUUUCGAAAGUGUCGAUCACAACAUAGUUCCUUCGUUCGGUCGGACACCCCUGGCUGGCUGGCUGCCUGCCUCCAUCAAUCAGGACAAAGGGGUCACCACAUGAGCUUGGUCACGGCCCAGAGCGACAUUAACUCGCUCGUACGUCUGUGAUUUCAUGCAUCGUGUUGGAUUCGUCCACUCCCAACAUGCACGCAAUGCGAUUCUGUAUGCUCUCAGUCAGCGAACCUUGUGGACGUGAUGUGUGUGGGGGCAUUUUUUCACGGACGUGCAUUGGGCGAAACGAACCGACUUUGGUCGACAAGAUGUGAUCAUGUCAUCAAUC